AUGAGGAGACAUGUCGACCAGGUGAGGGCUCGUCAUCCAGAAUCCUCAUCGUCACUGGACAAGCAGACAGAACCGCCGGAGGCCAGCAGCCGGGAGGAUGAACCUGGAACAUCAAUGCAUCAGCCAAAUGCAGAGCCGCAGCCUCCUGAUGAACAGGGGGAGCAGCAGAGUGCAGUCCCGGAGAGACUGGACUUACCUGUUAACCCACCAGCAGAGCUGCGCCGCUCUGCCAGAGAGCCAUAUAGUUGUAAACAGGUCCCUGGUAAACUGAUGCAAAUUGAUGCAGGGGUUGGAGAGGUGAUAGGGGUGACCCGAGAUCACGAUAUCUUCACACUGUAUGAAUCAUCAUGGACACAUGUCGCAGGCAAACUGAAGCAUGUCACUGUGGGCCCAGCAGGAACCUGGGGAGUCAACAGUGGAAACAGCAUCUUCAAAUUGGUUGCAGCUAAGUGGGUGCAUGUACCUGGACUCUUGAAGCAGAUUGAUGCUGGUGGAGACCAGUUUGUGUCAGGAGCCAAUCAUCAUGAUACUCCCUUCUGUCUCCCAAUGGACAGCACGGUCGGCUACACUGGAGAAAACAGUGGCGUAAACUGGAUCAGCAUUGCUGGGAAACUAAAGUACUACAGCUGUGGCCCUUACAGCUGCUGGGGUGUUAACAGUCAGGAUCAGAUCUUUUGGGUGACUUCCAGUCAUUGUCAGGGAGUUGGUAACUGGCAGCAUAUUCCAGGAUCCUUGUCUAUGAUUGAGGUGGGAGGUGACGGCUCUGUCUAUGGAAUAAAUUCUUAUGGAAACGUGUUCCGCAGGGAUUCCGUAUCUCGCUUUAAACCUGAGGGUACACGCUGGACCUAUAUUCCUCUCUAUAGCAGUCAGGUGAAGCAUGUCUCCUAUGAUACGGGUCAUCUCUGGAUCAUCCUGAGGGAUGACAACAUCUACGACUGCACUGUCUGAGCGGUGCUCUUCCACAGAGGCAGCCCUGCCGCAUGAACCCUGCAGCUUCAUUACUCAAUUCAUUAGCCUACUGCAGCCCUUCAUUAUUUUCACUGCGGCUUUUGAUAUGCUUGCAAUUUGAACAGCAGCCUAAAUAAUUAUGCUGUGAUUCUGUCAAAGUAUCUAUUGUGUAGAUUGAAAACAACAGUUUUCAGACUCAGUUAGAAUAUCCUGAAGU